GCGUUUGAUACAUUAGUAGCGCAUUCGUCUUUCUAAGAGAAAAUUUCUGUUUCAAAAAAUGUUUCAGUUGGAGAGAAGGAGACAGAAAGGACAGAAUUUCGACAUUUUUGUCUCAUAGAUAUACGAAAAAUUAAAGAAAGUUUUAGUGCAAUGAAGAGGUCAUUUCCCUUUGAUGAUCUUUUCUCCGUGCAGUCAAAGAUGCAUAUCGGAGAGAAGGAAGUCAACCGCGGCGUAAACCACACUGCCAACAUGCAUAACGUUUAUGCUAGAACGAUGCAGCUGCUGAUGGAAGGAUCGCGGAACUUAUCCAACAACAAUGUGUCCAGCUGCCAGGUCAAGAUGUCCGUGGCGCCACCUGUUGACCGAACGAGAACCAACAACCUGCGGCAGAUGGCGCUAACUGCGCACGGCAGCAUCCGGCUGGCCCCUCCGGCUGAAGUCUGUUCGGGAUCCGGCAGCGCAGCAGCGGGCCCGAGCAAGUGUGCCGCUUGUCCCUCUGGUGGCGUCUCCGUCAGCUGCAGCUUCUGCGAGUCGCCGCUGUGUGUCGCCUGCGUCGCCACGUGCGCCCGCUGCGCAGGAGCCUUCUGUCGACACUGCCGCGUCGUCCUGUACGAACAGCAUGAUGACGUCACAGUUUGUUUGUCUUGUAACCGUUAAAUGCUAUUUCGUUCCGGUGAUGUGUUGUGUCGCCGUGUAUGCAGCCAGUCGUCCGGCACCCUAGCCGAAUCAUCAAUGGUCGUCUCCAAUGGGAUUUCUAAUCAGUUUGCUCCCCCUCCUGGGUCAUUAUCUGAUCCCCUGGGACACUGCAGCCGUGCUCCAGUCGGUGAUGGUUGCCCCUACCGCUGCUACCGGUGCGUGCAGACGCUCGUCUUUGUCACGGUGGUGUGUAGUGGAUAACUCACGGCUGCUAAUUAGCAGCCGUGAGUUAUCCACUAGACGUAAAUUAUAAUUUACGUCUGACUAGCAUAAUAUCGCGAUCAUUUUGUCGGCAUUUUUUAUAGGUUCGUGCCCAUCGGUUUUGUGGUGAUCCUCCUCAAUAUAGGCGUCUGUUUUGACUGAAAUGUGCCUAGGCAGAGUUGUAUGACGAUUAUUGUGCAUAUGGUUUCCGUUUGCUGGUGUUUGAUGACACUGUAUUUGCGAGUGUUAUUUUUAUGCGCUGUGGGUGUAUGUCAUCUGGUGGCCAUUGACGACACUGAGCUUCUUCUCAUCGCAUCACUCAUUAGGUCUCAUUUUAUGUUCCACCUGUCGCAACAUCGAAGGUACUUUCAUGGUGAAAAGUCACAUCGGGCCUGUAGUGCGAGUUUCUCAGUUGCAUCCUCGCGUAGUGGUGUGAUAUUUUGUAUGUGUUACAUGGUGAUAUGUCAAUAAAUGGUGAAUCAUG